AUGUCUCGAGCAGCGGAACAAGCAAUGGCUGCGAGCUACAAAGCUCUGAAGGAGGACUUUGUGUCGAACCUUACCGGCGGGAAGAUUUCAGAGAUCAACUAUGUUACUGCUGUUGCGCCGGCUGCAGUAAUCCUCUGGUCCGCACUUCAGGCCCGUCAAUCCUUCUUCAAACCAUAUACCCCUCUUGCCUUCGCGGUCGACUUCCUGCUGAACGUCUCUGCGAUUCUCCUUGCCAUAACUCUAUAUGCUCCAACUCCACUACUUCUCAAUGCCCUCCUUCUGGCACCCGUCCCUAUACUAUACUUCCUCCCACGACCUCCGCCGCCGAAGAAAGCGAAGCUUCCCCCCAUUGCAGACAAGCAAUCAAAAGAGACACCGAACCAGCUGCCUAAGAAGGCAUUUGUGACGACGUAUAGAGGUGCUAUGAUUGUCGUUACGUGUAUAGCAAUAUUAGCUGUGGAUUUUCGCAUAUUCCCAAGACGGUUUGCGAAGGUGGAAAAUUGGGGCACUUCCUUGAUGGAUGUGGGUGUUGGGUCGUUUGUCUUCUCGGCUGGCAUUGUGGCAGCAAGACCCAUACUGAAGGCACAAUUAGCUGGGAAGAAGCUGGCUCCGCUGGGAACGAGGUUGGCACAGUCGCUGAAGCAUUCACUACCGCUGAUUGUGCUUGGACUGGGGAGGUUGUAUACCGUGAAAGGGUUGGAUUAUGCUGAGCAUGUUACCGAAUACGGCGUACACUGGAACUUCUUCUUCACGAUGGGUUUCCUGCCUCCAUUCGUGGCAUUGUUCCAGAGUGCAUUUGAGUAUGUGCCCAGUUAUGCUGGACUGGCAGUGGCACUCGGACUUGCAUACCAGGCUGCCUUGGAGUUCACAGAUCUGAAGGCCUUUGUCCUUACAGCUCCGAGGACGAAUCUAUUCGACAAGAACCGAGAAGGGAUAUUCAGUUUUUUCGGAUACCUUGCGAUCUUCCUCGCAGGGCAGGAACUGGGAUUGUUGGUUCUUCCACGAGGCGAGGGCUCCACAGGCGGAGAGCAGAGGAAAAGACUCCUUGUUAGGAUGGGAGCCUGGUCAGCAGGUUGGAUAGUCCUCUUCUGGGCUAGCACCAACUACUCGUACGGCCUCUCCCUAGCCGUAUCACGACGUCUCGCAAACCUGCCCUACUUCCUCUGGAUCGCAGCAUUCAACACCGCCCAACUCACAGCUUUCUGCCUCGUUGAAACGCUGUUCAUGCCCAACGCGCAUAAAACAUCUGCAACCAAGAAAGAGGAGGAGGAAGUAUACAGAGCGAGUACGAGUCGCGUGUUAGAGGCUUUCAACAGGAAUGGGCUUGCGAUCUUCCUGGCUGCGAAUUUGUUGACGGGCUUGGUCAACUUGACGGUGCCGACGCUGCAUGUUACAGACUUGCAGGCGAUGGGGAUUUUGGUCGGCUAUGCGGCGACUGUGACGGGUGUUGCGGUGGGCUUGGAUGUGUAUGAUAUUUCGAUUAAGUUGUAAUUAGCGAUAUACCAAAUAUGAGAGAAUUGUGUUCAUACCUCC